UCUUUAAAACCCAAUACAUUUCUUCCCUUUCGGCAACCCAGUUUUCUCUCUUCUCCUUCUCCUUCUCCAUAUAGCCUUCUGGGGCCUCUUCGUUUUCGUGCAUUCAGGCCAAGACUUUCCAUUUUUUUAGGGUAUUUAAUAAGUGCCCCGGAAAUGGCAGAGGAUCAGAGCAAACAAAGACUGGGACCAGAAUCAGUCACGGUUCAUGAUAGUGAACCAGCUGAAACGAAGAGAAACACCCUCCCAAACUUUCUUCUAUCAGUUAAACUCAAAUAUGUGAAACUUGGUUAUCAUUACUUAAUCUCCAAUGCCAUGUUUCUCCUGCUUAUUCCACUCCUAUUCAUUGCAUCAGCUCAUCUUUCAACUCUUACCAUCCAAGAUUUCGUCCAGCUUUGGAACCACCUCAAAUUCAAUUUUGUCUCAGUAACUGUUUGCUCAGGCCUUCUAGUUUUCUUGGCUACUCUUUACUUCACCAGCCGUCCUAGAAAAAUAUACUUGUUGGAUUUUGCAUGUUACAAGCCCGAACCCGCUCGAAUGUGCACCAGAGAGACUUUCAUGGAGACAUCAACACUAGCAGGCAGCUGCAGUGAAGAGAACUUAGCCUUUCAAAAGAAGAUUAUUGAGAGGUCUGGUUUAGGACAAAAUACUUACUUCCCUGAGGCAGUGAUGCGGAUCACACCAAGGCCGGGCAUGGAGGACGCAAGGAAGGAGGCUGAGAUGGUGAUGUUUGGAGCCAUUGAUGAGCUCUUGGCCAAAACUGGGGUUAAAGCUAAGGACAUAGGCAUUCUUAUAGUGAAUUGCAGUUUGUUCAAUCCAACCCCGUCUCUCUCUGCCAUGGUAGUCAAUCACUACAGACUCAGGGGGAACAUAUUGAGCUAUAAUCUUGGUGGUAUGGGUUGCAGUGCUGGGCUCAUCUCUAUUGAUCUUGCCAAGCAGCUACUGCAGGUGCAUCCCAAUUCCUAUGCUCUAGUGAUCAGUAUGGAGAACAUCACUCUUAAUCGGUACUUUGGCAAUGACCGGUCCAUGCUUGUCUCCAACUGCUUAUUCCGUAUGGGUGGUGCUGCAAUCCUUCUCUCCAACCGAUCAUCCGAUCGCCGCCGCUCAAAGUAUCAACUAAUCCACACUGUUCGAACACACAAGGGGGCUGAUGAUAAGUGUUACAAUUGUGUGUUCCAAAAAGAGGAUAACACCAGAAGAGUUGGUGUUUCGCUUUCUAAGGACCUCAUGGCUGUUGCUGGAGAAGCCCUUAAAACCAAUAUCACAACACUAGGGCCGUUAGUCCUUCCCAUGUCAGAGCAACUCCUAUUUUUUGCUACUUUAGUAGGAAGAAAGAUCUUCAAAAUGAAGAUAAAACCGUACAUUCCUGAUUUCAAGUUGGCUUUUGAGCACUUCUGCAUCCAUGCUGGUGGGAGAGCUGUGUUAGAUGAACUAGAGAAAAAUCUGGAGCUCUCUGACUGGCACAUGGAGCCUUCAAGAAUGACUCUUUAUAGGUUCGGUAACACUUCUAGUAGCUCUUUGUGGUAUGAAUUGGCUUACUCCGAGGCCAAAGGGAGAAUUAGGAAGGGUGAUAGAACUUGGCAGAUUGCUUUCGGUUCAGGAUUCAAGUGUAACAGUGCGGUGUGGCAUGCAUUGAGGACAAUCAAUCCGGCAAAAGAGAAGAAUCCUUGGGUUGAUGAAAUUGAUGAAUUCCCUGUUCAUGUGCCUAAAGUGGUGCCCAUCGCCUCUUGAAUCUUUCUCUUUUUGUUUUUUUUAUAAAAAAUGGAUCGAUUGUUAAAUGUAAGUGAAUUUAUGUGCGAUAUAUGAAGUGGCCAUUGCCUAUUUUCUCC